UAUGGUAAAGUGGUUUAGUCUGGUUUAGUCGCGAAAGCUCGUUCACGGUGAAACGUGUCUCGUGCGAACUAUACAACAAAUAAUCUUGCGUUCUUCUUUUCAAAUCUGAAAAAAGAAGUCAAAACCGUUAACAUCUGGUUAAGCUGGUGGCACGAGUGGUUUCUCAAGAAUUUUUCAGAAAUUUUGCUUUGAAUAUUGAGAAACUCAACUUCAAGUGUUUCAUUUUCAUAAAUUUCCAAAUAAUUUCUCUUCUUAAUUAGUAACUGAGACUCCUGAGACAAACAACCAUAUAUAUUACAUAUAUAAUCAUAUAUAACAUAUAUAAGAAAUUCCUGCGUUUUUCUGCGAUUCGAUCAGUCUAUUUACUUCUGAAUUUCUUCAUCUUAUCAGUAAAUAUGUUGUGGAAACAAUUAUUUUGGUGGACUUACAAUUACUACAGCGCUAACGCCGUGAAAGCAUAUCUGAAGAUCAUGCCCUGCCCAUUCUUGACCCGUUUGCCUGCAAACUAUGUUCGCAACUAUGGAUCAUCAGUGAUAAUGAACUACCGGCAACAUUGCCCGGUGAUGUCGAAGUUGUUCAGCACAAUGGCUGAGUCCGAUGUGCCCCAGCCAGCCUGUCAGCCAGAAUGUGUAGAGAGUCAAUGUCCAUUCUUAUCGAAAAAGUUGGACACUGUGAAAGAGGCCAGCUCAGCAGUCAAGGAAGAUAUCAUUAGUCUGGGUGUCACAGAGGAGCAGAAAGAGAAUGCGCAGUUCUCCUACGAAGAAUUCUUCCACGAACAGAUCAUGCGAAAGAAGAGGGACCACUCGUACAGGGUGUUCAAGAAGGUGAAUCGCCUGGCAGAGAAUUUCCCGGGAGCCAUGGAGUAUUCAUGGGGCGAGAAGCCGAUCACCGUGUGGUGCUCUAAUGAUUAUCUGGGAAUGUCACGUCAUCCAGCGGUGACGAGCUCGGUGCGCAAAGCUUUGGAUAAGUUCGGCGCCGGUGCCGGAGGCACGAGAAACAUCUCCGGCAAUUCCAUGGGCCACGAGAUGCUGGAGAAGCGACUGGCGAAGCUGCACCAGAAGGACGCCGGUCUGCUCUUCACGUCCUGCUUCGUCGCCAAUGACUCCACCCUGUUCACUCUGGCGAGAAUUCUGCCAGGCUGCCACAUAUUCUCCGACGCCGGGAAUCACGCGUCCAUGAUACAGGGUAUUAGAAAUAGCGGCGUGCCGAAGCAUAUAUUUCGGCACAACGAUGCGCGACACUUGGAGGAGCUUCUGUCGAAGCUGGACAAGAACGUGCCGAAGAUCGUGGCGUUCGAGACGGUGCAUUCCAUGACCGGCGAUAUCUGCCCGUUGGAAGAGAUGUGCGACAUCGCGCACAAACACGGCGCGAUCACGUUCGUCGAUGAGGUCCACGCGGUCGGUCUGUACGGCUACUCCGGCGCCGGUAUCGGGGAAAGGGAUUGGGUCCUGUCCAAGAUGGACAUAAUUUCGGGCACCUUGGGGAAAGCGUUCGGCAACGUGGGCGGCUACAUUGUCAGCUCGUCGAAUCUUAUAGAUAUGAUAAGAAGUUACGCAGCCGGUUUUAUAUUUACUACUUCACUGCCGCCUACCGUGCUGUACGGAGCCUUGACAUCCGUCGACAUUUUGGCAUCGGACGAGGGCAGAUCGCUGAGGGCAACUCACCAGAAAAACGUGGCCUAUAUGAAGUCUAUUAUUACUGCCGCUGGUCUUCCGUUAGAGCCAUCACCUUCGCAUAUCAUUCCGAUAAAGAUUGGAGACCCACUGCUAUGUAGUCAGAUAGCAGAUCAUUUGCUAAGGAGUAAAGGGCACUAUGUACAAGCUAUAAAUUAUCCUACGGUUCCCAAGGGUGAGGAGAAAUUGCGAUUAGCACCUACUCCGAGACACACUGAGGCUAUGAUGGACAAAUUUGUGCAAGAUGCGUUGGAUGUUUUUCAUCAGUUAAACAUACCCAAGGUGGAUAUUAAACAGGACCAAGAGCCGCGCGCCAUUCUGGUUCAUUGACAAAUGUGAUGUUAAAAUACAAACGAUUGUUAUCGUACAAACACAA